AGCGGCAAACGCACCAUGAAGCGGCAUCGCUCCUGUAUAAUGAGGAAAGCAACAGUUCUUCCCCAGGAAGCCAACGUUUCAUCUGCAGUACCAUCCCUAACCAGCAGGAGGCGCAAUGGAGGACUGAACUUCCUCUCCCUUUUUGUGCGUGUAGCGGGCGCUCUAGCCGCCGCGCUUUUUCUAUUAUACAUCUUUUCCGGGAGCCUUACGGAUACAGCGUCAUUCGUCCUUCCGCUGGCGCAUGCGCGCAAGGUGGCUUUUCUCUCGCUGUCUUCCACUGAGCACCAGCUGUUGAGUGUGGCCACCCCAACGUCCCUGAAUAUGUAUACCUGUUCAAAGUUCGUCUCUGCUCCCACCCUCGUGAAGUACAGUUCCAGGCUGCUCUGUAGGCCCAUCUCUGCCUCUGUGCUGAACAGGCCUGACGUCAGGACGAAUGAGCCUCUCUGUAUCUCAGGUGCUCAGUAUGAGCUCUUGCCACUGUUGCGCCGGGAGUUUCAAACUAGCACUGUUUCCAGGGACAUUGAUACUGCCGCCAAGUUUAUCGGUGCUGGCGCUGCCACCGUAGGUGUAGCUGGCUCUGGUGCUGGCAUCGGGACUGUAUUUGGUAGUCUCAUCAUUGGCUAUGCCAGAAACCCCUCCUUGAAGCAGCAGCUCUUCUCCUAUGCCAUCCUGGGUUUUGCACUGUCCGAGGCCAUGGGGCUAUUCUGUUUGAUGGUGGCAUUCCUUAUUCUUUUUGCAAUGUGAAGGAACCAGAUAUGUUGCCUGUCAUGUGCUCUUCUCUCUUCCCCCACUGUGUUUAGCCCAUUGUGUACGAUAACCUGAUUGUUCUGUGGCAGAUAGGGGAAGCCCAUCUGCUAACCAGAUCUGUCCAGCUCAGAGGGGGCAAGUGAAUAAAUACUGUAUUGGUAUACA